CGCCAGCCAAUCGCCGGCCGCCUGAGAGGCGCUUGAAGACACCCCCCCUUCGGCGUCUGCCUGAAGCGCUUCGAAUCUCAACCGCCAAUCCUGAGGUGUUUGUGUGUGUGGGGGGGGGAGGUUGUUUACACUCCGGCGGGCGCUCUCCUGAGGUAAAAGAGAAGAGAAAAAAAUAUUGUCCUUUCCGAGACGCAAUGCAGGAUAAGCCCAGCUUUUGCAAACAUGAGAUAUGGAAAAUGUGGGCUUGGUGAAAAUUGAGCAAGAGGCUGCUUCUACGAACACUACUAACAGAAAUGCUCACAACCCUGUUGAGUAUAACUUAAGUAAUAACAGGAGUAACCCCUCGUGCCACCCAAAUGGCGUCUCCAAUUUCUCAGGGAAAACUGGCUGUUCAGUCAUGACGAGUGAGCUUGAUCUGCUGACUUCCUUCAUGCAAGAUGCUCAGAGUAAUGGUGAUUCAGAAAUAUUGAAGAAUUGUGAGACCAGGUGGCUGCGGUUGUUCAGACUGGUGGAGAAGCAAUGCCAAGAACAAAUAAUUGCCCAGCAAAAAGUGUUCUAUCAUCAAAUCCAUCGCAUCCGGAAUGAAAUCAGACACUUGGUGAAACAGCAGAACCAGAAUGUGUGUUCGUGUGCCAGGCUCAGCUCUCCCGUCAAUCUGACGAAGAGUUUGCCUUCAUUAGAAAGUCCAAUGGGGUUGCAGUCUGAAACCUUGGAGGAAAAUGAGCUCUUUGCCAGCGGACUCACACCCAGCAACCCAGAGAGUCAGGCAGAAGCUUCGGCUGUGCACCAGGAGUGCUUUGCAAACAGCGUUUCGACGAGCAGUGGGUAUGGCACCUACACUGCUCCAGAACUGAGUCCCAGCAAACAGAAGGACGUUCCAAUGUGCAUGGAAAACACAGAGGGGCCUGCCCAAGGCCCCCUGGAUGACGCAUCACCAACACAAGAGGGUUUGCUUACAGCCAGUGUUCCAAAUAAACAAGAGCAUGCAGAGACACCCGUAGAACACUGCCCACGUGUAGCUGAUGACCUCAGUUUUCCUGUUGAAUUUGAACAAAAGAUUAAUGAACGUCAGUGUGGGGGGAAAAACUGUAAAUCGUUAACAUCAUGGGCUCAAAAGCUGAAGCAAAACCAGCUGAAGAGGACAAACGUGGAGGAAGGAAAUAUGUUUUCCCUGCAAGGAAAAGAACAAACGGGAACAGUAAGACUGGAGAAUACUAAUCCUCCUCCUGCUCUUCCACCAUCUUCCACUUUUUACCUCAGUGAGCAAAAUGGAAGCCAACAUUCUUUAGUAUCUGAUGAUACUUCAGGGUUGACAUACUGGAAACUAGAUGAGAAGGAGAUGUACCACACAUUACCUGAGAAAUUUGAAAAUGAAUUUAACAUAUUCUCAGCAAAAGUGUCCUCAGAGCAGAUAUCGUCUGGGGAUGAGAUGAAGCCACCAACUCUGAAGGAUAUUUAUCAUCAGAAACAAAGGGAAAGUAUGCAGCUUGUAGACUGGAAUUUUUCUCCAUCGCAAUCAACUCACCCUCCUGAGAUCCUGACCCUUGACCCAACACUACAUAUGAAACCAGGGCAGCGAAAUCCCAGACAUCCUUCACACAGUUUCUGCGCUACCCCUGAAAGGGUUUCGUUUUCUCCGGACUCAAUGGCGGGCCCUGCCUUUUUCGUUCCUUCGGACACAGAUUCGUUUUCCCACACAAGCACAGCCAUGUCGCCUCCGUCUGCCGGGUCACCGAAAGAUGCUCCCAGCGCAGCCAUUUUACACGCGGACCCCUGGAACAGUUGUGCCUUCCAGAGCGAAAGCAAUACCAGCAGUUGUUCUCAGCUAAACCAUGAACUCUUCAACAUGGGGGAGGAAGACAACUUAACACUCACUCCGUCUUCAGCUGCAGGCUCCCAGCUUCAGUCUGUGGAUAACAGUUUGCCGGACUACAGCGUCUCAGCCACUUGCGUAGCAGAUCCGGUGGUGCUGUCCAAGAUCAGGCAGAAUUUGAGAGAAAAACAUGCCCGACAUAUUGCUGAUCUGCGAGCUUAUUAUGAUUCAGAAAUUCAAAGCUUAAAGCAACAGCUAGAGCCAAGCCAUAAAUCCCCUUCUGAAGACUUGAAGAAAAUCAAUCAAAAUCUUGUUGACAGGUGUGAACAGUUAGAGGCAGCUUUGAAUGAAGCUAAUAACCGUAUGCGAUCCCUUGAAAAUAAAAAUAACACUCUAGAAAUGGAACUGACAGACUGGAAGGAGCGUUUCUGUGCCAUCAGCAAUACGACCAAGGCCUUGCAGGAACGCAUUGAGGAGAUGCGCUCGAGCAGCAAAGAGAAAGACAACACCAUCAGCCGCCUGAAGAGGCGACUGAAAGAUCUCGAGGAAGCGUUCGAGAAGGCCUACAAGCUCUCGGAUAAUAAAGAUGCCCAGCUGAAGGAGGAAAACAAGAUGUUUCAAAAUCUUCUAGGAGAAUAUGAAUCCCUUGGGAAAGAACAUGAGAGAAUAAAGGAUACCUUAAAUAUCACAGAGAAUAAGUUGCUGGAUGCAAAUACUCAGAUUUCUGAUCUCAAAAGAACAGUCUCAAAACUUGAAGCUCAGAUCAAGCAGUUAGAACAUGAAAACUUGCUCAAAUUUCGUCACCUUGCUGACAGCCACUUCAGAACGUCUUACGCUAACAAACUAGGAAGCUCUGACGUGAGCAGGAGGAAAUGGCUGAUCCCAGGAUCGGAGUAUUCCAUCUUCACGGGCCAGCCUUUAGGCGCCCAGGAGAACCUCAAGGAUAACCGGCUUGAAAAAAUGUAUCCUGCUUUCAGGCAUCAUUCGCCUCCGGAAAAGGACUUGUCUCCAGAUUGCUCGCUAAUAAGUGGGAUGGCAAAAAAGGAAAGCAGAGUCCUAGAAAUGCCCAUCAUAAAAGCUUUUAAAGACCUCGAAGAAAGGGAAGCUUUGAAAAACUGGGGCACUGAGACGGAGAAAGAAGAGGAGGAGGAAGCGCCGCCGCCUCCAAAAGCAUCCACCCGGCGUCCAGCUGUUGGAUUUGAUGAAGCAGCCCUCAACACCAGCCGGUCCCCAGAAAAAGGCAAAGACCAGCUCAGGCAUAAAAGAUUCAGCUCACCUAGCGGCCAGAGGUCCUCAUCUCUACCGCCUUCAAAUAGGAAAUCAAAUACUCCCACGAGGAGAGAGAUAAUGCUGACUCCAGUUGCUGUGACCUACAGCCCCAAACGCUCUCCAAAAGAGAACCUGUCUCCGGGAUUUAGCCACUUACUUAGCAAAAACGAGAAUAUGAUGACAAGAUUUGACAUUCUUCUUGAUGAUUUUGAAGCUGCUCCUUCACCUGCCUCACGUUACAGCAGCUCAAGGAAAAGGCUUCAGUUUCGCUCAGGAGAGGAUACAGAAGAACUGCAGCCCACCAGUCCAAGCAGGGCCAGCUGCGUGAAGCCUUCCUCUGGCACCGAUCCUGGUCACGCUGGAGCAAAGAAGGGCGCGGUGCAGACAGCUUGGGAAGAGGACAGCUCUGCGCACACAGGCCAGCCCUGCCUGUCUUCAGCAGGACCAGCACCUUACGAGGCGGACUUCACAUACAUGUCAAGGAUCAAGACGCUGGCUGAAACGGAGCGGCUCUUUGAUGAGCUGACGUAUGAAAAGCAACAGAUUGAGGCCCAGCUGAGCCGCAUACCUUGUACCGGAGGGAGAAUGACCCUACAGGCAAGACUCAAUCAGGAAGCCUUAGAAGAUCGCUUGGACAGAAUUAAUAGAGAAUUGGGCUCCAUCCGCAUGAUUCUGAAGCGAUUCCAUGUUUUACGGACCUCGGCAAAUAUCUGAGAUGUCCCUCUUUGAAUUGAGAUAUCCUUUUAUUUGCACUAAAACGUAUAAUACUUUAUGCACUCUGGAAAUGCAAAUGUUUUUUGUAUUUUUUUGUAAACCCUCGACUACAGUUUUGCGAUCAUGUUGCCCCUUCCACGCACCAUGUUUUGUAUUGAGCCACAUAUAUUUUAGAAACCUAUUUUUGUUACACCUGAAGGAAUCAACCUGUGAAUUCUGUAUUUUGCUACUUUCGAAGAAGUAUUAAUAAUUUUUUUCUGAAACAGCGGACAUGAAUCCUUUAUAAGAACAGAGAAACUAAGAGGCAGCUUGUUUUCAAAAGACAAUCAUGUUGACUUCAGUUGCGAUACACAUCUCACCAAUUUUAUAGGUCCAGCAGCCUCUCUUGUACAGUAAGUUAUGAGGUCUGGAAUUUUUUUUAUUUAUGCUGAACCUGACACAGCUUCUUCCUGUGAAGUGAGCUCCAAACAAAUGCUACAUCGCUUGUAUCUUAGACAUGGCAUCUUGUUUCAUGAACUCCUUUUGUUCAGU